UCAGACAAGACAGCCAAUCAGAGGAGGGUAGACAGGCGUCCUCCAAGGAGACCUCCAAGCCUCAUAGCCCAUGAGGCAGAAGAGGGAGAAGAGGCCUGGGGCCCAGGGUGCACACCAGCCAGCCAUGGCAGCAGCUGAGACUGUCUUGCCCUCCAUCAGUACCCUCACCACCCUGGGCCAGUUCCUGGACACCCAGGAAGACUUCCUCAAGUGGUGGCGCUCCGACGAGACACAGGAUUUGGGCCCGGGUCCCCCUGAUCUUCCGGGGUCAUCCCUUCACGUGAGUCUGAAAUCGCAGGCCCCUCCCGGAGAGGACGAGGACGAUGAGAGGGACGUGGCCUAUGCCUGGGAUCCGGAUCCUUACCUUACCAACUUCCCAGGUCCCGAGCCCCGGACCUGUGCUCUGGCGCCCAGCGGGGGCCCGGUGGCACAGUACGCGCCGCCCGAGGCUCUGGGCGCCUAUGAAGGUGGCCCAGGGUUGGUGGCCGGGCCUUUGGGCUCCGAGGAGCACGCGGGCUGGGCGCACUCCGCCCCGCGAGCCCCAGCCCCUGAGCCCUUCGUGGCCCCGGCUCUGGCCCCGGGAUCCGCGCCCAAGGCGCAGCCAACAUUCUCCGAUUCGCGAGCGGGCUCGGCCAGCGGUUUCUUCCCGCGGGCCGGGCUCGCGGUGCCCGCGGCUCCCAGCGCCCCCUAUGGGCUGGUGUCGGGGUACCCCGCGCUCUACCCCGCGCCACAGUACCAAGGGCAUUUUCAGCUCUUUCGCGGGCUGGCGGCGCCUUCCGCUGGCCCCGCCGCGCCCCCUUCCUUCCUGAAUCGUCGGGGACCCGGUGCGGUGGGCACAGAAGUCGGGGCCACCGCGCUCGCGGGAGACACAGGCUUGUCCCCGGCAGCUGCGCCGCCCAAGCGCAGCGGGAGGGCUUUGGCCCCAAAGAGGCAAGCGGCACACACCUGCGCGCACGAGGGCUGCGGGAAGAGCUACACCAAGAGCUCGCAUCUGAAGGCGCAUCUGCGCACGCACACAGGAGAAAAGCCUUAUGCCUGCUCCUGGGAUGGCUGCGAAUGGAGGUUCGCUCGCUCUGAUGAACUGACACGCCACUACAGGAAGCACACUGGCCAUCGACCCUUCUGCUGCAGACUCUGCCCACGUGCUUUUGCACGCUCUGACCACUUAGCCUUGCACAUGAAGCGCCACCUCUGAACUCCGAUCUUGCACAGGGACUGUGAAUGAAUCGUCUUCCAAAGGAUGGGCCAUUAUUGAACUUAGAGCUCUACAGACCUACCCAGAUCAAGAACUUACCUGUGGACAACGCAAAGGAACCUUCAAUAGAAUCUUCUCAUAUCUUCAGGCAGCCACACAGAAACAUUUGAUGGCCCCACAGACCCAGCAAGACAGACCACCAAAUAAAUCAACUCAGAUGGACCCUUAGACCAGUUCAGGAGUGACUCUGAGUGGGGUGAGAUUUCUCAGAGUCUAGAAGGAGCCCUCACACUGUCUAUCAGCUGGGAUUGUCAUGGUUACUAUAAAAUUCUCCCAUAUAAAACCGUUGUUGGCCUCACUGUAAUAUGGAGCUGGAAAUCAGGAGGAGUAUUGAGCUCCAGUAGGUGACACACUUAUCUGUAAACACACUCACCUACUAGAUCUCCUAAAACACAGUCACUUCUGAUGACCUGCCCCCAGCAGUACAAUCUAUGUAGCUCUUCUCCAUCAAGAUUAGCCUGUAUAAUCCUGUCACCUGUUGUCAACCCAGGGGCAUUCACAACUGUCAUUUGCCUUCCCCAGGGGGCAUCAAACUCACAGAAAUUCUGUCAUCCUGCCUCUGACUCCUGAGUGUGGUUAUCAUGCCCAGCCUGUCUACUUCCUUUUAAGAAGCCUCAGCCCAAGUGGGCCAUAGAGGUAGCUCCAGCCUGUGAUCCCAGCUAUUUGAGAGGCUGAGCUGAGGCAGGAGUAUUGCAAAUUCGGGACAUGCCCACA